AGCCCCGACAUGAUAACGAAUACAAAAUAUGUGGAAAUUUAUAUUAUGUUGAGUCGGUGCAAUGACGUUUUGUUCUAAACCUGCAAUAAUCGUUAGCUAGUGCGUUUCAAAGUGUACGAUGGGCUUCAAAUUGAAAGCUCUAGUUGUAGUUUCGUCGGGACUUGUUUUAGGUGUGUGUACGUAUGCCGCAUACCGAACAUGGAAGAAGCGACAGAGCAGUGCCGAUGACGAAGGUUUCGAAGACGUUUCGAAGUUAGAAGAAUCGUUGGAAAAGAAAGUAUUGGUAUUGGGUUUGGAAGGAUCUGGUAAGUCAACAUUAGUCUCACAAAUUGUUAAGGAAGUCGGACAAAAAAGUAUCGCAUCAAAUACUAUGUACAAACCAACCGAAGGAUUUAAUGUUACGUCUUUAUCUGAUGGAGGUUCUCCUACAGUCAAUAUAUGGGAAAUUGGUGGCAAAGAAAGUGUACGAAGAUAUUGGCCAAAGUUUUUCCAGGAUACAGAUAUCUUAGUGUUUGUUGUUGAUGCCAGCAAUAAUUCAAAUCAAUCAGUUGUUGUGAGCGAGAUAAAAUCAUUACUUGGCGAUGCCCGUUUGACUUCUGUUCCCAUUUUAGUCCUCGCCAAUAAACAAGAUAUGGCUGGAGCACUUAACGCAGAACAGAUCUCAAAUGUCCUCGAUUUGAAAAGCAUUCCAUCUAGAUCACAUCAAGUUAAAGUGUUAGAAACUCAAACAAGACCAGAAACAAAUGAAAUUCAUCAAACAGUAUUAGAAGUUCGGAAAGUGCUCUUAAAAUUAAGUUCCCAUAUGUAACAAUAU